UUGAAAGUUUGAAGGUAUCGUCGCUCAAUGAUUCUCUCCCGAUUUUCGCCUCUCGUUUUACUCUCCCAUUUUUCGCCUCUCGUUUUGCUCUCCCAUUUUUUCGCCAUCAAUUUACUCUUUCGUUUUUCGCCUCUCGUUUUACUCUCCCUUUCGUUUUUUCGCCAUCAGUUUACUCUCCCAUUUUGUUCUAUUGGUUUUUUUUUAUCAUCAACUGUUACUCUCCCCUCUUUGUCUUCUUUUCUUUUUUUUUAUCACUGACAUUUUCUCAUCCAAUUUUUUUUCUCUUUGUCUUUUGUUCUUUUUUUUUUUUUAAUCUUUAGUUCUUGUAUCUUUUGUUCUUUUAUCUUUUUGUUCAUUUUUUUUUUCUUUCUCUUCUUCUCUUAAAUCGUUAUUUAUCUAGCUACUUUCUAUACUAAGUUUUCUACUCUAAUUACAAUUCUCGUCUUCAUUUUUUUCUCUCCCGUUUUGAAAAGAGCCAAGCCUUGUAUCUAUUGUCCAAAGACGGUAUUAGUAGCUGAUCAUCAACACUAUGUCCAGUCGACUAAUAGGAUCUUACGAUGAUUGCGAUA